UAUAUCAAGUGAACUGAGUUUGCACGUUUUACUUUUUGUUUUUGCAUAAAAAACUUGUUAAUAAUAGUGUGUCAUUAGAUAAUUGUGUUCACUAUCAUAAAGUUGCAAUAAUAGCUAUUAAAUUUAAACGGCAAUUUAAUAAAAAAAUCAUUUAAAAACAAUUAAAUUUUCAUAUAAAAAAACUCAAGAAAGUGAGAAAGAGUACGAGCUCUGUUUUGGGCCUACGUGACUUUUGUGAUAUUGUUAAUGGAUGGUUCUUCAACCACCACAUUACGAACAUAACGACAAACAUACGUCGCCGCCGCCGCCACAUACAAAGCAAACAGCAUAAUGCAAUUUGCUUGAUGUUUGUUUGAGAGUUCCCAGUCAGUCAUUCCAUUCAAUUCAGAAGUUUCAACGUAACAUCUACAUACCGGAGAGUUUUGAAGGAAAAAAUUGCCAGACUUAGGAAAAGAAGUGAUUUUUUUUUUUGUAAAAAAAAUUAAAUCGACAUUAUUUUAACGAGGUGUCAAACAAAAAAAAACUGUUACAAAGAACAUUAAAUUUAACCUUGCUAACCUGCCGUUGUUGUUCUGCUCCUCAUUACAACAACAGUUGAAUACGGAAAUAUAUUUAAAUUUUAUUUACUGUCGAAUGGUUGCUGACUGCAUUCUGUGAUUAUUUUUGGCUAAAUCUUUUAUUUGUUGUUGCUGCUGACGGACAACGGAAAGCAACAGUCGCAGUGUGAAAUCAAAUCUGAAACCAAAACAAAAAGUUAUAGAAAUGUUGGACCUUGUCCAACCCACAGCUGCUGAUAUCAGUAACGCCGCUCCACAAACCAUAUCCUCCUCAUCGUCAUCCACCACGGCAGACAUCAUGCCUCCCACUAGCACCGAUGUGGUUGUGGUUAGGGCCAAACCUAAAAAGGUAUUCAAACCCAAGGCUCGCCUCAAUCGCAUACCACAGAGUCUGCUCGACGAUCCUCUACUGCAAAAGGCCAUCGAUCGUUUGCCGGCCAAUUAUAAUUUUGAAAUACACAAGACAAUAUGGCGUAUCAAGGAAAUGAAAGCGAAACGUGUUGCCCUCCAGCUGCCCGAGGGUUUGCUAAUGUAUGCCAUGGUUAUCAGCGAUAUAAUAGAACGUUUCACCGAUGCUGAUACCGUCAUAAUGGGUGAUGUUACCUACGGGGCCUGUUGCGUUGAUGAUUACACGGCCAAGGCCUUGGGAGCUGAACUGCUCGUCCACUACGGCCACAGUUGCUUGAUACCAGUCGACCAGACGGAGGGCAUUAAGGUGUUGUAUGUAUUUGUGGACAUAAAAAUUGACCCGUUGCAUUUUUUGGAUUCAGUGAAAUUGAAUUUUAAACCCGAAGAUGGACAAAUUGCCUUGGUUAGUACCAUACAAUUUGUGACCACCUUGCAGGCUGCUUCGGCCGAAUUGAAAUCCGCCGGUUUUGAUGUGAUUGUGCCACAGGCCAAGCCACUGAGUCCUGGAGAAAUUUUGGGCUGUACGUCACCCACAUUGCCGGAAAGUACAAAACUGAUUAUUUAUCUGGGAGAUGGUCGUUUCCAUUUGGAAUCUGCCAUGAUUGCAAAUCCAAAAGUUAAAGCCUACAAAUACGACCCCUAUGAAAAGAAAUUCACCGUUGAACAGUAUGAUCAUCAGACCAUGCAAUCAAUGCGUUAUGGAGAAAUUGAAAAGGCGAAAAAUGCCAAGAAAAUUGGCAUAAUUUUGGGCACACUGGGACGCCAAGGCAGCAGCAGGGUCCACAAGUUUCUAGAGAAAAGGUUGAGGGCCAAGGGCUUUGAUACCACCACCAUAUUGCUGUCGGAAAUUUUCCCACAAAAAUUGGCAUUAUUCGAUGAUAUUGAUGCAUUUGUACAAAUUGCCUGCCCUCGUUUGUCGAUUGAUUGGGGUUCUGCCUUUGACAAGCCUCUGCUCAAUCCCUACGAAUUAUCUGUGGUAUUGGGCGACGUUGAAUACACACCUCACAAUAAGGCGCCCAAAGAAGAUGCAUAUCCCAUGGAUUUCUAUGCUAGUGGUAGUUUAGGCCCCUGGACGCCCAACUUUAAACCGCCAGCACUGGGAGAAUGUGAAAAUAAACCCUCAGCCGCAUGCUGUGGCCGUUGUACACGGGCAGAACUUGAAAAGGAUGAUGGUAAAAUGGCAGCCAUAGAUGAUAUUUUGGAUUUCAAAAAGGGUUAAACCUCUUUACCAUGAAAAAGGUUUACGGCGGCUUCCAUUGUGUAACAAAAAAACAUAAAUAUCUUAAGGGAUGGAACGAUAUAUACAUAUAGAAGCCAAAUGUUUAUAUUUUUACAAACUCACGCUGCUUAAAAAAUAUGUCAAACAUCCUAUGUUGUAAAUAUUUCUCAAAGUUUUGCUGGAGACUUAAAUUAAGCAUCAUACAAACAAUACUUAUCUUUUAGGAAUCUUAAACACAAAUAAUUGUUUUUUAGUUUUUCUCAUUUUUUUUUAUUUUCUUAUUAGAAAAACACAAUUCUUUUAGUUACAAUUUUUUUAUUUUGAAAUAAAUUCAAUUUAGGUUAGUAUUUAUAUAUUUUACAAAACGUUUGUGUAUAGUACAUAAAAAAAAUAUAAAAUAAAAUAUACCAAAAUUUACAAAGAAACUGAAA